CUUCCUGUAUUUCUGUCCUGUAAAACUUCCAUCUUUGCCUCAGACCGUACAUUCUCACUUCUCAUCCACAGUUUAGUUAAGUGUGGCUCAGUCUCUCUCCUUACCUCCUCAGUCUCUCUCCUCUCCUCCCCAUGGAGCAGUUUAUCAGUGUCUGGGUUCGGGAUCCUCGGAUUCAGAAGAAGGACUUUUGGCAUGCCCACAUGGACUAUGAAAUCUGUAUACAUACCAACAGUCUCUGCUUCACUAAGAAGAUCUCCUGUGUGAGGAGAAGGUACCGUGACUUCGUAUGGCUCCGGCAGAAACUACAGGCUAACUCCCUACUCAUGGUCCAGCUGCCUGAACUACCACCUAAGAACCCUUUCUUUAACCUGAACAACGCCCAGCAGAUCACAGAGAGGAUGAAGGGCCUCCAGAAGUUCCUUGAACUGACCCUGGAGAGUAAUCUGCUUCUGUCAGACAGCUGUCUGCACCUCUUCCUGCAGUCGGAGCUGGGGGUGUCCCAGAUAGAGGCCUGCGCCUCAGGUAGAACCCAUUACUCUGUGUCCCAGGCCGUGCUGCGCUGCGGCUGCAAACUGCAACGCUUCCACUCCCAGGAGGACCUGUUAGAGACCAGCCGCAAGGAGUCCUGUGACUCGGACUCUGUUAGUGGGUUUGUGGAGCCGGCGCCCAGCAGUAAAGAUGGAACUACUUCCUCACUCCCAGAGACCCUAGAUCUGUCUCUACCUGAUAGGACCAGACCUAACCCCAACCAGGAAGAGACCCUAGCUCUGUCUCAACCUGAUAGGACCAGACCUAACCCCGACCAGGAAGAGACCCUAGCUCUGUCUCUACCUGAUAGGACCAGACCUAACCCCGACCAGGAAGAGACCCUAGCUCUGUCUCUACCUGAUAGGACCAGACCUAACCCCGACCAGGAAGAGACCCUAGCUCUGUCUCUACCUGAUAGGACCAGACCUAACCCCGACCAGGAAGAGACCCUAGCUCUGUCUCUACCUGAUAGGACCAGACCUAACCACAACCAGGAAGAGACCCUAGCUCUGUCUCUACCUGAUAGGACCAGACCUAACCCCGACCAGGAAGAGACCCUAGAUCUGUCUCUACCUGAUAGGACCAGACCUAACCACACCAGGAAGAGACCCUAGCUCUGUCUCUACCUGAUAGGACCAGACCUAACCACAAUCAGGAAGAGACCCUAGUUCUGUCUCUACCUGAUAGGACCAGACCUAACCCCGACCAGGAAGAAGACACUCUCAGAAUGCCUGUCUCUCCAUGGGAACAUCACCGCCAACCAGGACAUGGUAGCUUACAAUAUUCUGCAUCCCAAAUGUCACCCGAUAGUGCACUACUUUGGACCAGAGCCCUAUGUAGGGAAUAGGGUGCUAAUUUGGACACUGUCUUUGCUCUCAUUUCAUCUUAAAAUAAUGUUCCCACUCCCACACAGCUUUUAAAAUAAGGCUUCCACACGGCUUUUUGUCAUCCAUUUCUCCAAACUACUGUCACCAUAACUAUCUUGUCUUUCUGACACCAAAACUGUUUUUUUACUUCUAUUUUUUUCCAGAGAAGAUGAUGAGGGAAUAUAUGUGUUUAUGUCUGUGUAGUUUUGUGAAAUAUUUGUAAAGUCCAAAAAUCUGAAAUAUGUCAAUAUUAGGAUACCUUCACUGUAAAUAAAGUCAGUUCUAAUGUUU